AUGAAGAAACAACAGAGUAUGAACGUGCUAAUGAUAAAAUUCCACUUGAGAAAAUCUUGGACAAGAAACUCAAUCCUAUAGACAAGAAACUUGAAGAGAUUCUGACUUCGAUUACUUUCCUUAGCGCUAAGUACGAUGAACUUGUUAAAAAAGUUGACACCCUCGAGGACAAGAAUAAGGGACUCGAAGUUGAAAAUAAACGGCUAAACGACUCGGUUAGACAACUUGAAUUGCAAGUACAACAGCAAGCAGAAUCUAUCAGUGAAAUCGAACAGUAUUCUAGACGCGAUUGUCUAGAAAUACGGGGGAUUCCAAUGGAAACUAACGAAGAAACAGACAAGAUUGUCCAGGCAGUAGGCAAUCUCACGGACGUGGUCAUUAACCCUCAAGAUAUAUCA